AUGUUUGGUAAUCAAAGAAUCCAUACACCCGCUAACCAAGCUAAUAUAACUGAUAGCACACCAACUAAUGAACAAAGUUCACCUACACUUCACUUAAUGACCAAUAAUAAGGCUAAGCAAAAUGACAAACAGUCGAAAAAUGCAGAAGAAAAAGUAAAAUGGACUGAUAUUGAAUAUCAGAAAUUCAAAAAUAUUAAAAUACUUAAAGAAUUAAUACCAUAUUCUUUAAAAGAACAAGAAAUACUCCUUAAAAAACAAGUUGAAAGAAACCAACAAAGAAAUAAAUUAAUAGGCAUUACAUGCAAUGGAAAUUGGGUAGAUAUAGUCAGAACAGCUCUAGCAACUGACUCCAACUUAUUACAAAUAUUCUUAGAAUAUAAAGAACCUAAAGGUACAUACAAAAAUGAACAGAUAAAAAAAUACAUGAUGGUACAAAAUAGUAAACCAAAUUAUCAAGAAGAUGAUAAUAUUAUACAAGGAAAUAGAAAAAUUGGACUAAAAAUGAUAUUACAUACAUCAAUGGGAUUAUACCUUAAUGAUCCAUUAUGGAAUAAUGGAAAAAGGCAUUGGAAAAUAAAUAGAAUAUUAGAGGAAAUAUAUCGUGCUGAUAAAAUAGGAAUAAAAUAG